CUUCAAGACAUAAAAUUUUAUACCUAUUUAUUUGCUGCGUUUUAUAUUAAAUUCCUUAUUAUAAGCUAAUCUGAAAGCGAAAUGCAAUUUAAUCAAGAUGUACUGUUUUAUAACGUGUCACCGUAACUUUUACUGAAAGUGAUGGGGUCUAUGUCAGUGAAAUAGUAAUUAGUACAUUAAUAAUGAGAACGUUUCAUUAUUGUGCACUAGAUUUUUACGCUGUAAAUUAAAGGAUGGAUUCAAAUUUUUCUUUUUUUAGUUUACCCUUCGUAGAUUCGGAGCAGUCGGAGUUAGGUAUAAGCAAAAGGGAGAUAGACUGUAACCUUGAUAUUCAUAACAGUUUGACGACUAGUGGCGCAUUAUUAGGUGGAGAUGAUGUUCUCGCUCAGUUCCUUACUGACGGCCCCUUGGAGGAACCUGACCUCAAUGGACCGACGACCUUACAUUGCGAAAUUUGUAAGAAGAAAUUUGACAACGCAAAAAAGUAUUACGGUCAUUUACGAGUCCAUUCAAAAGACAAUCUUUGGAUAUGUGAUAAGUGUCCAGACCAGAAAUUUUCAAUCAAGCAAAACUUGAUGAAGCAUAUAUUAAUACACAAGCCAUUAGCCAAGGUUUGGAAAUGUCCGCAGUGCACUAUGGUAUUUGAUUCUUUGUGGCGUCUUCAGCAACAUUUAUUUGCUAAACACCUUGAUUACAGACCUCAUAAAUGUGAUAUAUGUGAAAAAUCAUUUCAUAAGAUGUCAGACUUAAAAAAACAUAAAGAUGUACAUGAAGGUGUUUCUAGAUAUGAAUGUUCAAGAUGUCAAAGAAAGUUUAAGGAUUCAUCUAAUUUAAAGAGGCACAUGCUGAGACAUACCAAUAUAAAACCAUAUAAAUGCUCUGGUUGCCAGAAUUCAUUUAAACAGAUAGCAUCACUGAAACGCCAUCAAAACAAUUGUUCCUUAUAUUUUAAUGCAAAUGUGGACAGGACAACUAGAAAAAAUUAUUGCAGAGAAUGUGGAAUGACAUUUCAAUACAAAAGUGCAUUGCUGGAGCACUGUGUUAGGCAACACACUGAUCAAAAUACAGAAGGAACAAGUGAUCAAAACCAAAUCAAUAUUGAUGCAAACAGAACUGUUGAUAAUAUUGUAGAUGACAUUCUGUCUGCAGAAGAUGAUUAUAUGACCAUGACAACUGGCCAUGAAAUGUUGAACAAUUUCAAUCCCCCUAUCCAGAACUUCACUGAUACAAACUUAGAUGACAAUUUAAUGCAAAUAGAAUUCCUCAAAGAUAUGAACCAACUACACACAUUGGAUGAUGAAUUUCUGUACAACGAUUUGGAUUUUGAUAGCUUUCAAAAUGGUCAAAUUUUCAACAUGAACCCUGAAGAUCUUGAUUACAAUUGCGAUAAUUCCGAAAUAUUUGAUUACAUGAAUGGUGGGAAAACUAUUGAUCAUGAUAUAAUGAAUGCUUUAUGUCAAGGUAAACCUGAACAUCUAACGGAUGAAUUAUUUAAUUUAAACACAUUUGUGGAAAAACCACCAGAGCCUCUUCCAAAUACAUUGACAGAUGAAUGUGCAACUAUUUUCGAAAGUGACGUAGACCUGGAAGCUAGCACGAAUUUAGCUGCAAAUUUGAACCAGUUAAUAGGAGAAAACAGUGUGCAAUAUAUAUCUACAGAAGAUGAUGAUACGUUCAUAAUAAGUUUAAACAGUGAGAUAGAUGCAGAAAAAUUAACAGAUAUGCUGAAUAUUGGGGUUGAAUGUGUUGAAAAUGAUGAAGAUUAUGAAUAUGAUUUAAAUACUGGUGAUGAUAAUAAAAGUCGCAGUCUUUUAGAUAAUAUAGUGCCAGUUAUUUUGAGAGUAACAUCAGUGAACCCAACACCUGCACUUACUGAGAAUGAAAAUAAGAUAGAUGAAAAGAAAGAUAAGAAUAGCAGUAAAUCUAAUGCCAAAAGUAAAAAGAACAGUGUCUAUGUUUGCACUACUUGCAAUAAAGUAUUCAAUAAAAAAGAUAAUUAUAGAUCUCACAUCGCAAUCCACGAACCAUCUCUCCGCCGUCACCGGUGUGAACUGUGCGGCGAGCGGUUCGGCUACCGCUCCACUCUGAACAAGCAUCGAGCUGCUGCUCACGAACCCAGGACACUGCCGGCACACGCUUGUCCACAUUGUGAACAACACUUCUCAGCUAAUUGGAAGUUAAAACACCACAUUGAGCGUGACCACGAGCGGCAGACACGCUACGAGUGUGACUUCAAAGACUGCGGCAAGAAGUUCUUCAAGAAAUGCGAUCUCGUUGUACAUAAAAGAUACCACACUGGCGAGAGGCCAUAUUCGUGCGACAUUUGCAAGCAGAGUUUCCCGCACGUUUCGCACCUAAAGAGACACGUUCGAAGUGUCGAUUGUACGAAAAGGAUUCGAAAGAAAUACAAAUAACCAACGCUUGUAUGAAAAACGAAAAAGCAUGGUUACUUAACAUUAAGUUUUACAAGUUAUAAAAUUAUAUGUUACCUAUUUAUAUAAGUUAAGAGAUAAGAAAUAAAUUAUUGAAAAAUAUAA